AUGCGGCUUCCAACAGCGACCUCUUCAAUCGCUGUGUCUCGAGCUCUGGCUCGAUCACAAAGCAGCCAGAUUCGGUCUGUAUCCACAUCGAGAGCAGCUGCACCCUCCCUCAAGGCUUCUCUCCCCAGACGAGUUGCACCGGCACCGCGAUCCAUAUCUGAACUUGCUGCUACCUCUGCCGCGUCCAAAUCGAGCUCGCUUUCUUCUACUUUGCAAGCGGCGAGACAACCUUUGAUCGCACGGAACGACGCACUGGCACGCUCCAUCUCUUCUUCUGCAUCCGUAUCUGCACCUACCGCAUCGCCAAUCUCAGCCUCGUCCGAGUCGUCAUCACCAUACGCAUCGCCUCUCCCUGCUUCCUCCCUCAUCAACGUCACCACUCUCCCCAACCGCGUCCGUGUCGCAACAGAAGCAACUCCCGGUCAUUUCAGCGCCGUAGGCGUCUACAUCGAUGCCGGCUCGCGAUAUGAACGUCCAUGGGUGGCUGGCGAAUCGGGCUCCUCCCAUCUCUUGGACCGUCUCGCCUUCAAGUCCACCACCAAUCGUUCCUCGCAGCAGAUGACCACCGAGAUCGAGGCGCUCGGCGGCAACGUCAUGUGCUCCUCCUCUCGCGAGACCAUCAUGUACCAGUCCAGCGUCUUCAACAAGGAUGUCCCCGCCGUGCUCUCCAUCCUCGCCGAUACCAUUCUCAACCCUUUGCUCAGCCCCGAAGAGCUCGACGUGCAGAGGGAAGCAGCCGCUUACGAGAUUCAGGAGAUUUGGUCCAAGCCCGAAAUGAUCCUCCCCGAACUCUUGCAUACUACAGCAUACCAGGGCAACACGCUCGGCAACCCUCUCCUCUGUCCCAUCGAGAGCCUCGAGCAAAUGACCGCCGACAACCUCCGCAACUUUAUGUCCACCUGGUACAGGCCCGAGAGGAUCGUGGUCGCCGGCAGCGGCAUGCCUCACGAGCAACUCGUCGAGCUUUCCGAGAAGCUCUUUGGCGACCUCAAGCCCGCAUCGGAAUCAGCUCGCCUCAACUCCGGUUCCUCAUCCCUAUCCAGCUCGCCUUCCUCCUCCUCCUCCUCCUCGUCCUCUCGGUCGUCAUCGCUGUCCUCGCUCUUCUCUCGCUCCUCGUCCAACUUUUCGACAUCCUCCUCCUCGUCCGCGACACCCACCUCCGCCGAGCUGGCCGACCUCGUCUCGACACCAUCGCACUACACCGGUGGCGAGCUCUACAUCCCGCAAAACGACCUCGAGUUCACCCACGUCUACGUCGCCUUUGAAGGCCUUAGCAUCCACGACGACGACAUCUACGCGCUCGCCACGCUGCAGAUCCUUCUCGGUGGCGGUGGGUCCUUCAGCGCGGGCGGUCCUGGUAAGGGCAUGUACUCGCGCCUCUACACUAACGUGCUCAAUCAGCACCACAGCGUCGACUACUGUGCUGCCUUCCAUCACUGCUACUCGGACUCGGGUCUGUUCGGCAUUUCCGCCUCGGUGCAUCCGAGUUUCAACGCGAGCAUCGUCCACGUCAUUGCGCGUGAAUUGGAGCUGUGCACCAGCUCCAUCUACCAGGGCUCGGUGACGCAGGCCGAACUCAACCGCGCCAAGAACCAGUUGAAGAGCUCGUUGGUCAUGGCACUCGAGUCGCGGCUCGUCGAGGUGGAGGACCUGGGCAGACAGAUCCAGGCGCACGGCAAGAAGGUCAGCGUCGAGGAGAUGUGUGACAAGAUCGACCAGGUGGACCUCAAGACGUUGAAUAGGGUGGCGACGCGGGUGUUGAGACCGAGCAAGGCGCAAGUGGGUACGUCGCCGCGUGGAUCGGGUCAGGCGACGAUCGUCGCUCAGGGCCAGCUGGAAGGUUUGGGCGACGUGAGGGAUCUCCUUGCCAGGCGUGGGUUGGGGGUCUCGCCCAAGCACACUGAGUAG